AUGGUCCAUACACGAGGUGGCACUCGUUCACGCAUUAGUGCACGCACACGCGGUGGUGUUCGCACACGUGGUGGCGUACGCACACGUGGUGACGUACGCACACGUGGUGGAGUACGCACACGUGGUGGCGUACGCACACGUGGUGGCGUACGCACACGUGGUGUCACUGCAGGUGUGGCGCUUGGUGUGGACGCGGCAGUUGUUACGAGUAUAGCAUAUGGUGUGAGCACAAUGCGAGGUGGACCAGCGGUACGAGGCGGGCGCGGAGCGCGAGGUGAACGCAGCGCGCUUGUUACUGGAGUUGGAAGGGGCAUGUCAAGACCUUCCGCCUCAGAACCGUAA